AUGAAAAAAAUUUCAAAGAAAAGAGAAGAGAUUUUUAAAAAGAUGUCAGAAGCAGCAAUCAGCAGCACAGAAGAAAUAACGGACAGGCGUCUGUCAAAAGAAGAAAAUCAAAACAUAACAGAGACACUGAGAGGCAAAGUAAGAGAAAAACUGAAAAAUGCUAAGAUCAGUCAAGGUGAAAAGUCCUCACCUGAGAUGCUCACUGAUACAAAGACUACAAAGAUACAAAGAUGGUCUAAGACUGAAGUCUUGCUGGAUGAAGGUCUUUCAUUUUUCAUCCUGAGUGGAGAAGAAGAUUCAGCAAUGAGCCGGUCUUCGAGGCAGAGAACAGUAAGUGAGAGUUACUUCAAGCACUCUGCAUCAGAUGGUAGUUUCCAAAAUGCUGCUGAGGGCCAAGAUGAGGACUUUAUGGAAGAAGUAAUUUUAACGGAUUUAUUUGAGGUGAAACCUGCGGAGUAUGAAGAUGAUCAAGAACAGAUAAAAAAACAGGAGGCAAACAUAUUUGUGCCAAGUAGUUCUCCAGUGGCCAGCCAGCAGAAACUGCCAAAAGGCAUGCUGCCUCGCAUUUUAGAAGACGAAGGAUUCUACAUUCAGAAAAAGCCAGAGACAUAUAAAAAGAUCUGCAACAAAAUGGAAAAUCGCCUGCUCAGCCUGCAGGAGGGAAAAUGUUGGUUUGAAGAAAGUGGAGAAAUAAUGUCAUUACCUUCACCUAUUAGACAGUCUUGGAAUUUUAGGCUCUGCACGAGCAAGGAAUCUUUGAAUCCAGCACUAAAGACCAUACACAGAAAGGCGGUGAAAUCUGAUGUGGGGUGCUGUUUUGGAAACAGAAUGGAUGGUCAAAAGGAAAUGUACCAAUUAGACCUUAACAUUGUGGGCUUGCAGUUCAGUCAUCACCCUCUCUUCAAUCAAGAGCAAGUCCUCUGUUCCAGGCUGCUUCAGCUCUGUGAGUCUUUCCAGGACAGGCAGAAGCAGAGCUUAUCUCAGUUGCUCUAUGAGAAGCUGAGAGCCCUGAAGGAUGCUACCAACUUAGCAAGCAAAAACCCAGAAUUAAGCCAGUUUACCAGAAAAUCGCUACAAGAUUAUUAUCGGCAGAUAAGUGACACGAAGCAGCUGUAUGAUGCAGAAAGGGAGAAGGACCACUCCCUGCUGCACAGUGUCUUACAGACUUGGAAACAGAUAAAAUCUCUCCGGCAAAAGCAAGGAUUUACAAGCACCCCAGUAAAGCUGCAGUUUCAUAGGAUAAAGGUGAACACGUGGGAUGAGCAGAGCCAAGUGGGAGUGUCAGAAGGACCCAGGGACGGAAGUGAGGAAACUUCAUUUCAGAAUGAAGACACACAGGAGACUCUCUCCCAUCCAGCCUCAGAUCCUGAAGGAAUGGAAGUUGAAAAAAUAAAGCUAAUCAAUCUGGUGCCACAGCUUUCUUUCACAGCAGAACUGACAAACAUAUCCAAGUGUUCAUUAUACGAGCAAAAGAGGAGAGCCAAAAUGCAGAAGCUUAAGUAUUUUAUCAAAAUAUUUUACAAUGAUAAACAGGUUUCCCGCACCUCAGUGUCUCCCCUACAGUUUGACUUUAAAGUCAUGUUUCAACAGAUUUUUAACAUUCAGCUGAUAUGUUGGCCCGAAACAAUCUGCUUGGAGGUGUAUGAACUAAGUAAAAGGUCAACUUUACUGGUUAAACUGUAUCUGCCUUUACCUAACAAGACAGAGCUGAAAGGCAAGACUAUCCUGGAAUAUACAGAAUUUAGUUCUGAUAGACUUGUCAUACCUAUGGACGGAGGCGUAGGAAGCAAUGUGCCUUUUAAUCUCGAGGAAAGCGAGAAUGAAGAACUUUGCCUUUUAACCUCAGGGAAACUUAGCUACUCCCUCUCAUGGGCCUUGGAUGAAAAUGGAAUCCCUUUGACUCCCGUGUCCCAGUCACUGACAUCUGCAUAUUGUAGUGUGCUAAGGAAUGUGGAUGCAAGAGGUGUUCCUGGACUCCCGUGGAUCGUGAACUCACAAAAACUUUGUGACUGGGCUGAUGACAUCAGGAUUGAUCCGAAUAAUCCAGAGUAUUCAGAUAUAACAGAACUUAUCAUGUAUUUGAGACACAAAGGACAGGAAAUCCCCAAAUAUUUCCGUCUUGAGCAGUUGCAAGAUGAAUUUAACUUUGUGUCCGAGGAAGAAGUGAAAAGGAGCAAACGCUUCCAGCUGUUGCAGCUGAGAAAUGCAGGCCAGCUAGAUCUCUUCCUCCUGCAGCAGAUGCCCCUCUAUGACAACGAGAUUCCAGACAUAGUCUUCCAGGAGUAUGAGAGUCAGGCACAGAAGGAUAUAUCCAUUUCAGAUGUGAACUCUAUUACUGCACAGAGGAUUAAUUCUGUCAAUUUUCUGAAAAAGGUGAGAAGGUUGAUCAUGAAAAAAAUCGUCAAAGUCAGCAAGUUUAACCUGUCAGAUAUUGUGGCUGACUAUGAAGAAAUUGUAUCUACAAGCCAGUUGACAGAUGCGAUUUGUAAAUUCAUUGAACCACGAAGGAAGUUAAAACCUCAGAGGAAAGAAAGAAGAAAAGUCACAGCCCAGAGCAUCUCUGAUGGAGAUAUCAAGAUUCUCGUCAGGAUCCUGAGGGCCUAUAACAUUCCUACCAGAAAAACAAUGUCUUAUAGAACUUUGAGUAUGCCUACUUACCUGAGGUCGUCCAUGUCUCACCUCAGACAUCAAAAUGUCUCUAAACUUGUAGCCUCGGAUGAAGUCAUAAAUGAGGAUCCUGUACAUCCUUUCAUAGAAGUUUCCUUUCAACACACUAUGUAUCAAACCAACAUUGCAAACGGAUCUCAUCCGUGCUGGAAUGAAGAAAUCAAGGUAGAUUUCAUCUCACCAGGACAUGAUUACAGCUUCUCUAGUUUAUCUAAAAUAAAAGAUAACAUACAUAUCAACAUUUUUGAUGAAGUGGUGAUUGAAAAACAUGAGGAUCAUUGUCUCAAGAGCUGCAGUGCUCACUCAUACAUACAAAAGAACUGGCUCGGCUCCAUCAGCUUCCCUUUCUCAGCCCUUCUACAGCAGCCUGAGAUUAGUGGGACAUUUCAAGUGAACAUCCCACCCAUUUUGCUUGGGUACACCUGGAGUAACACUUACGUCCCUCCUAGAGAAGACUGCAGUGGACAGAACCCAAAAGAAUGUACCUUCCUAAACAUUUUUGCUACAAUUGAACCUCAGAUAUCAUAUGUCACGUGCAAUCCAAAAGUCGAUGAGUUUUCAGACCAAAUAGACAUUUUACAGCGAGCACAGACUUUUACCAGGAACUGUAAAGCCAUGUUUCCCAACCGAAGAGUCGUGGCGACUGUUUUUAAUGGUGAAGGGAUGCACAUCUUAGUCACAAGAUACAUCAAGGCAUUGAAUCCACCUCAGCAACUUCUGGAUAUAUUUCUUCAUGACUCAAAUGCAACACUUGACCUCAUCGCCCGAUUUGUAUCUCUGAUUCCUUUUGCGGCAGAGACGUUGGAUGAAAAUGAUGGUUCUGACAUAUGGAUGACAUCAGAGUGCUGUAUUAGUUUGGCCAUUGGAAAUAAAGAAGAGCACGCCGUACUUCUCUGUAAUUUCUUUCUGUACUUCGGGAAGAAGGCAUUGGUGAUCCUGGGAACCUCAGUACUAGAAGGCCACGUGGCUUAUGUAUUAACUCAAGAAACUGGCGAGUGUUUGCUUUGGAAUCCAUCAACAGGGCAAUGCCAUAAGCAGUUUGACCCAUUUUGUCCCUUGCAAAGUGUAGAUUGUUUGUUCAAUGAUAAAAAUGUCUGGUUUAAUAUUCAACAAAAUAAUACACCGAUGGCUGUACAGUUUGACUAUUCAAAAGAAAGCUUCUGGAAACAGCUGCUUCCAAAAAACUUUCAGGGGACCAAAGCCCAGAGUGUGCAGCCUGAAGAAAUAGUUUACUUGGAUACCAAUAAAAGCAUGGUAGAAGAUCUAAAGAGCAGGAUAGAAAGGGCACUGAAAUGUAAGAUGAUGGAAUGGCGGCCUAAGCACCCAACACGCUGGAAUCGACAGUGCACUUCUGUUCUACGGCAAAUCCUUCCUAAACUAGAGUUUUACACAGGAAGUUUUGCUUCAUUUGAAGACAGUGAGUUGGAAAGGCUUCUACAGUUUUAUUGGGUCACAGGAUUUCCCAUCCAGAUGCCCUACACAGAUGUCCAGGCAGUCAUUGAUGCUGUGUACCAGACUGGAAUUCACUCUUCCGAGUUUCCUCAGACGGAAUUUGCUUUAGCUGUAUACAUUCAUCCAUACCCAAACAACAUCUUAUCUGUGUGGGUCUAUUUGGCUUCCUUAGCCCGACAUCAGUGA